UUCCUGAGCCCAGAUGGGUUUUAGGACCCAGAGGAAGGCAGCAGCAGCAGCAGCAGCAGAAGAAGAAGAACUAAAGAAUUGAGGAACUUGGAGGACUGUGGAACACUCUUGAUCCCGUUCCUGGCGCGCUCUGUCUGCACUGUCACAUCUGGAGGGGAUCUAAACCGCUCUAACCCACCAUGCGGGAGACCCUGUUCAAAGACAACUUCUGGUCUACAGAUUUAAUAAGCACAGCGGGAUAUGACAAUAUUGUCCAGCACCUGAACGAUGGCCGAAAGAACUGCAAGGAAUUUGAAGAUUUCUUGAAGGAAAGGGCUUCUAUAGAAGAAAGAUAUGGGAAGGAACUUCUCAACUUGUCCAGGAAGAAGCCCUGUGGGCAGACAGAGUUAAACACCUUGAAAAGAGCCCUUGAGGUUUUCAAACAACAGGUGGAUAGUGUCGGCCAAAGCCACAUCCAUCUGGCCCAGACACUGAGAGAAGAAGCAAGGAAAAUGGAGGAUUUCAGGGAGAAGCAAAAGCUCCAUCGGAAAAAGAUGGAACUCAUAAUGGACGCUAUUCAUAAAAACCGGAAUUUGCAGUAUAAGAAAACCCUAGAAGCAAAGAGACUUUAUGAACAGCGGUGCAGGGACAAAGAUGAGGCAGAGCAGGCCGUCCAUCGGAGCGCCAACCUGGUCACGGCAAAGCAACAGGAAAAGCUGUUUGUCAAGUUGGCUCAAACAAAGACAGCCCUGGAGGAUUCAGACAGGGUUUAUCAGAUGAAUAUUGGUGCUCUCGAGAAGAUCAGGGAAGAAUGGCAGAAUGAACACAUCAAGGCUUGUGAGUUUUUUGAGAAUCAAGAAUGUGAACGGAUCAACUACUUCCGGAAUGCCUUAUGGGUUCAUGUCAACCAGCUUUCUCUGGAGUGUGUGAAGAAUGAUGAGAACUAUGAGGAGAUUCGCAAGAGCCUUGAACAAUGCAGUGUCGAGAAGGAUAUUGAAUGUUUUGUGAACUUCCGCAAGACGGGCUCCCUCCCCCCAAUACCAGUGGUCUAUGAAAAUUAUUAUAACUCACAGAAGAAUGCAGUGCCGGGAAAAAGUCAAGCUCCAGCAACCGGGAGGAGGCCACAGUUACCAGUUCCAGCCAGCAGACCAAUGGAUUCAGAGUACUCUACUGUGGAUGGUUAUAGUUUGAUACAUCACCACUAGCCUAGAAAAUAUCUUGGUGUUUUGUUACCCCCCAGUUGUACCUCCAUGAGGAAAGCUAGUAAGGAAGAAAAGCUGUGCUUCCUAAUUUACUUUUUUCUUUCGCUGCAGUAGUUCUCUCUCUCUUUCUUUUUAAAAAGAGAUCAUUCUUGCUUCAUAGAGGACACAUAAAAAAGGUCAAGACUUCUUGGCAACAAACUCUGCAGACUGAAAAUUUCAUUUCAAGGAAGGUGCAGGUAGAAGCACAGCAGUUUUUGGAGGUGUGUUUGGACUUCCACAUGGCUAUGGAACUCACUAGAGUGCCUCAAGCAACUUGCAGUCCCUCUACCUUGCCUACCUCACAGGGUUGUUGUGAGGACAAAAUGAGAUAAUCCAGUUAUCUUGUCUCAUACAUUUUGAAGGAGAUGUUGGACAGUACUGUGAAAACUAGUUCUCAUCACAUGAGCCUAAGGGGGAAGGGGUAUGCAUUGAGAUGGCUUUUCUUGUUCUUUUUUCUAAAAAGGUAUUUGUCCUAGUGCUGCGAAGCUUAGAGCAGAAGGACUGAAGAAGCCUAAAUUAUCGUAAGCAAUAAAUCAAAAAUAUUAAAAAUGACAGCACUUGUAUGUAAGUCACUGUGAAUUGAUGUAUGGGAACCAAAGUCCAAUGCCAAUAUUCAGAGCAAUUAAUCUUCUGCAUUAUUAUGUGGACUCUGAACUCUGGAGGCGCAGAACUCAACUUCCUGAGAAUCCUUUAAACUAGAAACAGAAACUAGUGGUUGCUAGUCCUCAUGGUUUUUUGAAAGAUGGAAACGUGUGGCAGCCAGGCCUUGACAUUUAAAGAAAGCCACACAUUCUUCUCAUUCCCUUUGGGAAGGUGGGGAUUACAGAGGCCCCCAGAUGUUGUUGGAUUACAACUCCCAGAUUUCAUCUCCAUUAACUGUGUUACCUAGGGCUCCUGGGAUUUACAGUCUAACAACAUCUGGAGGCCCCUAUGGUUCACACCUAGAGCCUUUAAUUCUCUCCUUCCUCUAAUAUCCCAUUUCAUCUCAUAACUCCAGCACCCCACUCCUUGGAGGCAAGGAUCUGUGUUUGAAGAUUUAUUCUUUAAUAAACUGAUGUGGAACCUUAGAAACAGCAGUGUUGUUGUUGCUGAUGGGUAUUAAUGUAAUUUACCGGUAUCUAACACAGAUCUUCUUUUCUAGUUCUACUAGAUUUUUUAUAUCUUUGCUAUAUGCCCCUAGAUUUUACUCUCAACUUAUCUACAGGUCAUAGCAAAAUCCAUAAUUUUGGCCCCAAAGCUUGCCCUCGACUUAUACAUGAGGUCUACUUAUAGUCGAGUAAAUGUGGUAAAUAAAUUAGCCUUUCUCGAGACCAGGACUGAGUGAUCAUUUUGUCUGCUUCAGACCCCGAACCCACAACAGCAUAUUUUUAAGACAUGGAUGGUUGUAUCCAUAGAUGCAGAAUCUGUGGAUACGGAGGGCCAACUGUAUUCAUUAGGUACAGAAGAACACACUGCUCUCUGCCUGCUGUCAGAUUUUGAUGGGGAUUGUGGCAAGGACAAAUUCUGUGGGGAAUUAGACUACAAUGAGUGGGUCAUGGGUGCAUGGGUCAUUAAUGUGUCUUCUCAACCCUGAGAGGUUGUCUGCCUCUGCCCUGGAGCUAUGAGAGAGGGAUGUGUGUUUAAUUCUUCCAUUCUCUGGCAAUCUUAUGCCACUAUUUACCAGACAAAACCUCAUAUUUUUCUAUGAAUCCUCCUUACUGCUGAAGCACCGUGUUCAUAAAGGAUGAAGCAAAGCAAAACAAUGUCAAAGAACUUAUAAAAUUCCAUAUCAGAGAUAUGGAUAUAAAAUAUCAGAGAUAACUCUUUGCGCUUAUUCUUAAGACAGGAUGGAUGAGAGAGUAGAGAGAGUCAGUGCUUCACAUAUUAUACUCUUGCUUUACACCAGGAGAUGGUUCCUUCUUUUAAAUAAGAGUUAAGAUACAGUACUUACAUUAAUCCAUGCAUAAGUCGACUCAGGGUUUUUGGGGUCAAUUUUCGAACCUAAAUUUCUACACUUAUACAUGAGUAUGUACAGUAAGCAAGUUAGAUAGGAAAGAGUAAAGCAUAGGUCCAUCAAUCACACUCCAGUCUUAAGCAAAGGUAAAUGUAUAUAAACAAAGAAAAAGCCAUACAGACAGGAUGGCUAGGCAGGCCAUGCGCUUGCCUGCAAGGCAAAGAAUGCUUUGUGUGCUAGCAUCUUGUAUAUUGUUGCCUUCUUCUACAAUCGUCUAGAAAAUACCACGUCAUCAUCUACCCUACAGAGUUUGGGUCCAAGGAAAGGGGGAGAAGGUUCCCAUGCCAGUUAAGCAAAUUGUUUAUCCAAUCUCCAGGUGCCAGGAUGGGCUAGAUAGAACAUUUUAUCUCUUGGCACUGGAAUGUCACUCCUCCACCUCCCGUACCAUCUCACUGCAAGGGAGAACUUUCCUUGACCCAUUCUCCAUAGGAUAAACAAAGUCUAUCAUGCUGCUAAAGCCUGAACCACACAUUUACUGAAACCCUAGCCCUAACAUUAUCCUCUUGUAUAUAAUGGGACUUGAGCAUCCACAGAUUUUGGUAUCCACAGGGGUCUGGAACUAAACCCCAGUGGAAAACCAAGGUCCAACUCAGUUGCAAGACGCACAAAUCAAAAAAAAGUUUUAGGACUUGUGUUUUAGAAUUGCUUCAAGCUCCAAGUGAGAGGCUGCUGGGCAGUCUUCGUGGCUAACUCUUGGUAGAUCUCUGCUGUGGAGAAAAUGUCUCCCCACAUCUCUGGAAUCCAAAGUGUUGGCAUGAGAGCCGCACAUUGGAAACAAAAGCAGUACAAUCAAUUGCAAUGAACUGAUUCUGCAUAGUUGAUUUUGUUGUUGUAUGUUAUUGUGUAAGUUUUGAUGUUACUGUAAGCUUUCGAAAUGAUUUUACUAAGGACUUUAUCACAUGGGGGAAAUCGAGGGUUUAAACAGUGAUUAUCCCAUGAAAAUCACACAAUCGCGAUUAACAUUUUCACACACAUUGUGAUUAAAGAG